UAUAAACACCAAGGUGCUCACAGCUGCCAGCAGCGCGGCUCUUCACUACAACCAGGCUCAUCUCGUGUGGAUUUAAAGCGUGUUCGGCCCGCUGACCGCGAGCUCAAGCCGAGCUGAAAUGGGGAAGGUGAACGUCUGUCUGAAGCGCGGUUACAUCACCGUGACCAGUCUGAUCGCGAUCCUGAGCGCCCUGCUGUUGGCAAUCACUCUGUUCAGCCACGGAUACUUCGAAGAUGAAGAGGUGGAGAAGAUGCACGCAGGCCUUCACGCCAUGUAUGUCAUUUCCAUCGUAACACUGCUGUUGACCAUCUUAGGUGUGUACGGUGCCUGUAAAGAGAAGCAGUGGCCGCUGAUAGUGUUUACAGUUGGAAUUAUCCUGGGCAGUCUGUUCAUGACUGCAUGUGAAAUCCGAGCGCUGGUUGUGCGACCACAGUUAGCUGAAGAAAUGAAGAGGCAUUACCUGGACAUGCUUCCGCUGCCUAAUGCCAAUGAGGGUUUCUUAGACGGCCUCAUGUAUGUGCAGUCAGAGUUGCAGUGUUGUGGACUGGAUCAGGGCUACCAGGACUGGGGCUACAACAUCUCGUCAUCCUGCCUGUGCACUGAAGAGUCCACUAAUCCAUGUGUGGCAGCUCCCAGAAACAGCAGCCUGUCUGAGUUCAUGGUCGAUGACCAGCCCGUCAUGAUUUAUAAAGAGGCGUGCCUUCCUUACUUGAUUGGGGAUGAGAUAAGUGGCAUAAACGCCGCGCUGGGCAUAAUGAUGGGGGUCAUAUUACUCUGGAUGCUGGCAGCAGUGUUGGGCGUUGUCAUCUUGUGUCGGCUGAGCCAGAAGGACGAAACGCCGGCGGUGGUCUACAGUCCCGAGGCAAAAGCAGGCAACUACGCCGUCCUCGUAGACGCUGCAGAGUACACCUGAUACACCUGUCAUGUCAGCGGAUUUUUUCAAGGUUGCAAAGAAGACUGGGAUUGGUGCAAGGAAAGGAACGCUCCAUGAGUGGAUUUUUACCUUUACUGAUCCUGUCAAUUUUAUGAAACCAGCACACACUGUGAAAGAGUAUAUUCCCCUUUCAUGAGCUGCACUUACAGAAUAUUACACAAAUUUGCAUCGCCCCCAUUUAGUUCCACUUCCCUUCGCUGGGCAUCAGAUGGAUCAAAUAAGAAGUGAAGUGACUUCAGUUGCACUCUCUCAUGGUAUUUUAUUCCAGUUUGGGAUCAUUAUUCAGCACAUGUGAUCCAAGAUGUCUGUAAAAGAAGAAAAUGGCUUUUAAAAAAAGAUAUGACUGCAGAAAUAUUUACUUGUUGGAUGUAUUUGAGCUUGAAUAAGAAUGUAUUUUGUGGUUUUGUAGCUUUCUGAAAAUGUAUCUAUCAUAUUCUGUCAAACUUUAUGCGAACUAUGUUGUUGUUUUUUUUAUUAAAGAAGCUCCUGGA